AUGCUUCUCGGCUAUAACUCCCAGUUGGUCGCAAUACCACUCAGACCAGGCAAACCACGCCUAUCCACGACACUUGCGGAACUGGAAGCAGAAUGGGAAGAGGUGCCAGUAAACGCAGGAAGAAUGUACGCCGAGACCAAAGCAAAAAUGAUGGCGUUCUUAAUGAGGGCGAAGUCGGGAGCCGGAGGGAAGGUUCAACCCAAAGAGAGGGUGGGUGCUUGGAACCAGAACCAGCAAAACCAGCAAAAAUUGCACUCAAAACAACUGAGCCGACUGGCCGAAGAAUCGAGCUCGGAUGGAGGAGACAACCUGGUAGACAUCGUGAAGCCAUCGGAUGCGUUUAAGGCAAAACCGGCAGAGACAACUGCCGGAGGAGCUUCAACCGCAAAAACCGAGCUCACAGGCAGCAAGAAGAGGUGGCAAGAAGCCGAGAGAUUAGGCUUGAGCAGACUAAACCGGCCGCAAUGUGAGCUCGCCCGAACCCAGGAUUAUCGGAAUGAGAAAUUACAGGAAGCCAGGAGAUUUCAAAGAACGACGUUUACGUGA